CAUCAUCAUCAUCAUUACUGUAUUUCAAAUUAUGACAAUGGAGUCAUACAAAACCCUAGAAAUCGUUCGCAAGAACUCUGAUUCCUCCGUAUUUAACCUCAUCAUCAACAGACCAUCACAUCUCAACGCCUUAUCUCUCGAUUUCUUCAUCGAAUUCCCCAAAGCUCUCUCAUCUCUCGACCAAAACCCAGAUGUCUCCGUCAUCAUCCUCUCCGGCGCCGGAAAACACUUUUGCUCCGGCAUCGAUCUCACUUCCCUCUCUUCAAUCUCAACACAAUCUUCGUUCGGUAACGAUAGAGGACGAUCAAGCGAGCAGCUACGCCGUAAGAUCAAGUCGAUGCAAGCUGCGAUUACCGCAAUCGAACAGUGCCGGAAACCUGUAAUCGCUGCUAUUCACGGCGCGUGUAUCGGCGGAGGCGUUGAUCUUGUUACCGCUUGUGAUAUUAGGUAUUGCUCUGAGGAUGCUUUUUUCUCGAUUAAGGAGGUUGAUCUAGCGAUUGUUGCGGAUCUUGGUACGCUUCAGCGAUUACCGAGUAUUGUUGGGUAUGCAAACGCCAUGGAAUUGGCUUUAACUGCUCGGAGAUUCUCUGGUGGUGAAGCUAAAGAACUUGGUCUUGUUUCUCGGGUUUUCGGAUCUAAAUCGGAUCUUGAUAAUGGUGUCACUACGAUCGCUGAAGGAAUAGCAGGCAAGUCUCCUUUAGCUGUGACAGGGACAAAGGCAGUGUUAUUAAGAAGCAGAGAGGUGAGUGUAGAACAAGGUCUUGACUAUGUAGCAACUUGGAACUCGGCUAUGCUUAUAUCAAAUGAUCUCAACGAAGCUGUCUCUGCUCAGUUGGCGAAAAGGAAACCUCGGUUUGCUAAACUGUGAUACGGUCUCUGUUGCUUCUUGUUGUUCAUUGACGAUAUUAUCGUUCUUCCGGGGAAACAAAGUAAUAAGAUUUUACUUCAAGG